AUGUGUGUUCCUUGCUUUGCGCGUGGAGCAGCCACAAAAUCCCACGAUCCCCGAACCCACCCGUACUCUGUCGUUGAGCAGAAUUCUGUUCCGAUAUAUGAUCCGGACUGGGGUGCCGAUGAGGAACUCCUACUGUUAGAAGGAGCAGAAAUAUAUGGUCUUGGAUCAUGGGCUGACAUUGCAGAUCAUAUCGGAGGAUAUCGCACAAAAGACGAGGUCAGAGAUCAUUACAUCAAGACCUAUCUUGAAGGCUCCAAUUUCCCGCUUCCUGACUUGGCCGAUCCACAUGACAAGUCAUUACAAGAACAAAUACCUAAGGAGGAAUUCCAAGCACGGAAGAAACGGCGUAUUCAAGCUCGCAAAGAGGCUGCUAAGGCUGCACCUCCUGCAACACCAAAGCAAAAACCAACUGCUUCGGUGCCAGCCUGCCAUGAAGUCCAGGGCUAUAUGCCAGGUCGACUUGAAUUCGAGACCGAAUUUGCCAAUGAUGCGGAAGAGGCCGUACAGCACAUGCAAUUCGAACCUGGGAAUGGUCUCAAUGCGAAUGGUGAGAUGGAUCCUGAAAUGGAGCUUAAGAUGACUGUUAAGGAUAUCUAUAAUUCUCGGUUAACGGCGAGAACCGAACGAAAGAAGAUUGUAUUUGAACACAAUUUGCUUGAUUAUCGCAAGAAUGCUGCUCAAGAAAAGAAGCGAACGAAAGAGGAACGAGACCUUCUAAACAAGGCUAAGCCAUUUGCCCGAAUGAUGAACCACGAGGACUUUGAAGAAUUCACCAGAGGCUUGGAAUACGAACAUAAUCUUAGGCUUGCUAUUGCUCAGCUUCAAGAAUGGAGGACAAUGGGAAUUGGGGAUCUUAAGAGUGGCGAGAAGUAUGAACAGGAGAAAUUACAGAGAGCCCAACGCUCUGUACCCCAAGGUUCCUUUGACCGUUUCAGCACUGCCAGACCGAAGGCUCCGGCAGGGUCAGAGGGGCCAUCUGCUGCUUCCCAAUUAACAUUACCAGAACUCCCGCUUCGACUGCAACGGCCCGGGUCUUCCAAGGCCAACCCUUCGGAGCCGCCCCUUAACGAUUUUGACAAGGCGUUUGCAAACCCAAGCUUAGCCGGUACACCUGCACCCCAACCAGUGAAGACCAAAUAUACAGUUCCGCUCAUCACCGGGCUGGUUCCCUGGAAGUUUGAAAAUGAUAACUCACCAGACCUGCACUUGUUGACAAAGGAUGAAGCCGAGCUUUGCAACAUCUUACACCUAAACCCGAAGCCCUACCUGGCUAUUAAAGAACAUCUGCUUAAAGAAGCAAUGAAACAAGGCGGAAAUUUAAAGAAAAAGGACGUCAAAUCAAUGUGCAAGGUAGGGCUUACUUCAUUCACCUUGGUGUUUAUCUAA